GGUUUAAAUAUCAAGAAAAUAAUAUCAGUUCAAUAAGUUCUGUUAAAUCAAAAACAAACCAAAAACAAAAAUCAAAAUGUUCAAAUUCUUCGCUUUGUGUUUGUUCGCUGUUGUUGCCUUGGCUGCCGCUAAACCCGGUGUUGUUGCUCCCUUGGCCUACACUGCUCCCGUUGUAGCUGCUGCUCCCUACACCGCUGCCUACACUUCUCCCUACGCCGCUGCCUACGCUGCUCCCUAUGCUGCUGCCUACUCUGCCUAUCCUUAUGUAGCUGCUCCUUAUGCUGCUGCUUACUCUGCUUACCCCUAUGCUGCUUCUUAUGUCUUGCGCAAGUAGAUUAUAGGAUAGAGGAUAAAAGGAUUUGGAUUUUCAGUUAAAGGAAUGCGAAAAGUCAAGAAUUUGUUAAUGGAAUUUUUAUAUAACUGUUGAAAAUAAAUCAAUUUUACUCCUAAGGAGUUGAAAUUAUACAAAAAUCGAAA